AUGACUACAGUUGCAAUGGAAGAAUAUGAGUUAAUGAAAGACUCCAAAUAUCGUCUUUAUGUAGCAGCAAUAGAUAAAGCUCUUAAGAAUUUUGAAUACACAUCGGAAUGGGCUGAUCUCAUUUCAGCUCUAGGAAAGUUAAACAAAGUUUUGUUAAGUUACACAAAAUUUCCAGUAAUACCAAGGCGGAUAAAAAUUAGCAAAAGGUUAGCCCAGUGUAUGCAUCCAGCCCUACCAUCUGGAGUACAUUUAAAGGCCUUAGAAACCUAUGACAUAAUAUUCAGAUGUAUGGGUACAAACAGACUGGCCUGUGAGUUAUUCAUCUACAGUGCAGGACUUUUUCCAUUAAUGGGACACGCUGCCAUGAAUAUUAGACCAACAUUAUUGACAAUUUACGAAACACAUUUUAUACCUCUUGGAGAUCGACUGCGACCUGCACUAAGCGGGUUUCUUAGUGGCAUUUUACUAGGUCUUGAUACAGGAACCGAUCAUUUUGAAAGGACUAACUUAUUAUUAGAAAAUGUGUGUGAGGGCGUGGAGGCCCCUUAUUUUUAUACUUGCAUUUGGCAAUGCGUAGCUAAUAACAGUCCAGUCCGAUUACCUGCCAUUAGUUAUGUAUUAGCUCAUUAUAGUAAAAAAUUGUCCAUGGAAGACCAACUUCAUCUAAUGGGAAAUGAUAUUGGUCUUAUGGUGACUGGUUUAUGUGCUGCAGUGCAAGAUUCUAGUGUGUUAGUUCAAAGAUCAGCACUAGACUUAUUAAUGGUAUGUUUUCCGAUGCAAAAUAAACAAUUACUAUAUGCUGACAUGGUUCGAUUAGUAACUGCUGCUUUAACGACAAUUUUGAGGAGGGACAUGUCUUUAAACAGGCGCCUAUAUUCCUGGUUGCUUGGUACUGAAGUAAACUUACCCACAGUUCAAUUAGAUGACGAAUUAGAAGAAACCACUGCACAUGAACAUCAUUCACUAGCGUAUGACCUUUUAAAUGACGCCUUAAAAAUAAUAUUAAAAAAAUGUAGCGCAGAAACACCUAUAGAUAUAAAACCGUACAGGCUACUAAUAUCUCUUUUCGAUAAACCACAAAUAGGACCUGUCAUUCUUGACAGCAUCUUAUACGAUGUUUUUAGAACGCUUUACCUAUCUUGUUUUCACCAACAAAAGAAUAAAAGUAACGUGGCUAGAUGCGUUUCUUUUACUGGAGAUUUAACUAGUUUAAAAAAUGAUGAUAAUAUAUUGAGUAAACAGUUCGUUAUGAAAAAUUGCCCAGAGUUGAUUAAAAACGCUAAUCUCUUAUUUAACACAUUACAAAGGCACUACAUUUGGGCUUACAUAGAAAAAUUAUUCGUUGAAGCUGUAAGAAGCGUUAAAACUUAUAAAUACAGAGAUAGAAAUCAAGUUAGCGAAAUAGGCAGCGGGCCUCCGCAUAUAUUAGAAAUUUGCAUAUUAACAGAUUUUUUACUCGACAUAAUUCCAAUAGAAUCUUAUACAGAAAACAUUAAUAAUAUACUACCAAAUUUAUUUUGGAAACUAGUCUCUAUGUUAAAGUCUAAUUUAACAGAUCUGAAUCAAAGCGAGAUAUCGGAAAGUUUGCAGCUUUGCACAAAAAUUAUUAGCAAAAUUCAACCAAGUAUAGUUCAAAAUAAUACAACACCAAAUACUAGUUUAGACUCGACACUUAAUGACAGUUUAGAAAAAACUUUGGAAAACUCUCUCUCUGAAGAUAAGCCAGAAAACGGUGAACUGAAGACGUUGGAAAAAAGUAAAUCUGACUCUAAAAUUAACGAAAACCUCAACAAUUCCAGCAAAAACGAACUGACAGUAGGAGAUAACCGUGAACGAUCAUAUAGUAAUCAAAUGUUAAAGAAAAAAGAAAAAACGAGCCCUAGAAUCGAAAAGAAACCAAAAAAUAAGAAAUCAAAAUCUACUCCUAAACUCAGCGAUCCUAUGAACGAGGCUGAUGAUUCUAUGAGCUCAGAAAACGCUACGCCAGUACCUGAUAAGAAAUCUUUAGUGGCUACUGAAACGUCGGAAGCGUCUUCUAAGCUAGCCACAGUGGAGAACAAGUAUUUCAUCAAAUGUCUUGAGGAGUAUAAGAAUUUUUAUGCCCAGUUUAUUAAAAUCAAGCUUCUUCCUAAUACGAAUAUAAAAUCAGUUAUGGAUAGCUUGACUUGCGAUAAAAACAGCAGAACUAAUCGGUUAGUUAGACUAUUGGAUGCUCGUUUAAGUGAUGAAAAACACGAAUUUUGCCCUCUGGAAGCGAAUAAUUUCAUUACAAAAAAUAAAAUGUUAUGUCUCUCGAAUAUCGGUGCGAAGAAGAACGAGAAUGACUUUGAAACAUCUAUGAGAAUAGCAUCCAAUAUUCUUUUGGAAUUUUCGGCAUUUCCUAAUUUAUUAGAUCGAGAAUUUGAUGACGAAUUGCUACCAGAAUGGAUACAAUCACUUAUAGUUGUAGCCUGUUGUAAUGAAUCUUCAAGAGAUAAUCAGUUAACUGCCAUGAAUACAUUGUUGGAAAUAUUUAGUCUUGCGAAUAAUUCUUUGACUACCAGAAAGAUGGAUUGCAAUACUAAUAUUGUUAUAACAGGAAUUUUAAGUAUUAAACUUGUUAAAUUUAUUGAAGAAAGUACCACCGUUAUAGAGGAAAUGAGCCAAAUUUUGUGGAAACUGUUGGGAAUUUUGAAUAAUCAAAUUCAACUAAUGUUGUGUGUGACAUUACUCUAUCAAAUACACAAUACUUUUGACAACACUUCCUUCGUAGAAAACGUCAUCAAUAAUUUUCUUACUCAGGAAAAUAUAAACGUUCAAUAUGUCAAGCAGUUCUUUUUGCUAUGGCAUUUGGGCAGAGAUUUGUCCAUUAAAACUUCACCAAACAAACCAAAUACAAGAAAUUUCGACAGGUCGCUUUUAAAAAUCUUGGAUAAUCUUCAAAACAAAGAAGCACCAAACCUUCAGUUACUUUCCGAUUCCUUUUUAACACACGGUCUGUUACACAAUGACAUUUCUAGAAUAAUCAACCCUAUACUACUAAAACUGUUAGCUUCAAAUACCGCAAGGGUUUCAAUACGUCAUGUCAACAUCCAAGAUUCCGAUUCUCAAAGUGACAUAACAACACAAGAUCACAACAGAAUGGAAAAUAUUCAAUCGAAAAAAAUUUAUGCAGUCAGCAAUGUCAACGGGAACAUUAUGUAUCAUGUAACGGAUAGCCCCAGUCCGAAACCUUCUAAAAAACGGUGGUUUACUUUUUCUAAAACGGACAAACGAUACUCUUCUUCAGUUAUUAACAUGACCACUAGUAUUAACGAAGAUUCUAAUGUUGUUACUAAGAAAAAUAGAGAUUUUAAAGGAGUGACUGCUUCUCCCAAAUCGGAAAAAGCACCUAAAAAUGUUAAACUUAUUAUUAAUCCUUUAAGUUCUAAAGAAGUUUAUCCAAUGGGAUUAGAUGGUUCUUAUACAAAAAAAAGUACUAGUUCUUUAGAUAGUUUUUCAAGUAACGAUCUAACUCAUACUAGCAGUGAAGAUUCUUUUGGUAAAAGUUUAACUCCAGAUAGAAUUAAUGGUGAAAAGGAUUCCGGUUUUGAUAGUUUAAAGAAUAAAAGUAGUUUGGAGCUAUCAACUGAGAAAGAAUAUAGAGCUAAACUAUUAUUAGACAGUAUUGAACCAAUUUCUGAUGGAAUCAUAGUCGAAGCUGUUAAUGAUAAUUUAAAUUUUUCUAAAAUUCCAAAAUCCCACAGUUUUGAUGAUCAAAUUAACAUCGCCAAAACCAGUGAUAUCGAAAACUCUCUAGUGCAGAGCUGGUCGUAUUGUAUAUCAGAUUCCGAUAAUCUUCAUGCUAACCACGAGUUAGAGAUUAGUAAAAGUGCUGAAGAUUUCUUUAGAAAAAACGAAGAAAAAAUUAUUGUUAGUGAAAUAUUGAAUAAUAUAAUAGACAGAGUUUGUGCUGAGGUUAUAGAUGAUGAUAUUGAUGGAACUCCAAUGAGACCUACAGAAUUGGAUUUAAGAUCGAAAGCAAACCAUCAAACACCAAAAAACUUAGUUUUGUAUCCAAUACAUUCACACUUGUGUUUGUACUACGAAGUUUUUGAUUCAAAUCAGAUUAUUUACGCAUUGCAUACGUUGAAAAAUUGCAUAAAUUCCAAUCAGCAGUUGUUUAUAAAAUGUUUGGCUACUAGUGGAAUUAAAGAUCUCAAAAAUAGUGAAAUAUUGAAUCUUCUAGCCCGACAUAGAAAAUCUUUACUAGGUUACGGAUUUUCUGGAGAGUUACAUACUGAACAUACUAAUUUCUAUAGAGGGUAUAUGUUUCUAGACGUAAUUAUCUCUAUCUGCCUUAAUUAUUCGAGAACUUUCUUUCCCUUCCUCGACGAUUCAAGCUUACUAACAGAUGAAAUGAAUAAUAAUUUAAAGAUUCAAUUAGAGAGCUUAGAUAUUUUAAACACUAUUAUGAAAAAAUUGAUUAUAAUGGUAGAAGAAAAUUCCAAAGGAUUUCCCAGUUAUAUAGCAGAUUUAUUAGUGAAAUGUAAAUUACAGAAAAUAUUACUAAAUUGUUUAUUGAUUUCUGUAAGAAACUUCGACGAGGAAAUGACUUUUGCAGAAGAAAUAUUAGCUUAUAACAAUUUCCAGCUCUGUGAUAAUUAUAAUAAAGUAGGAGAACAUGUUGAAGCGUACCAAAUACAAAUUUUGAGACUAAUAAAUUCGUUAAUAAUUCUGGAAUCGAAAGUUUUUUCACAAAAGACCCAGUCAGAUUCUGUAAAUGGUGAAAAUAUCAAUUCUACGGUUUUAAUUCCUCAACAACAAAUUUUCCUUUCAGCUGUGAUGAGUGCGUUGAGGCAACAAAAUAUGAAACAUCUUCAUGAAAAUUGGUUGUAUUUGGUUACAUCUUGCCUGCCAUACUUUGGAGACAACCUAAAACAGAUAUCGAUAAGUGUUAUUCACCAGAUUUGUAAUAAUAUUGAACAAAUUGCAUCAAAUUAUAACAAAUUGGAAUUAGAUAAUGAAUUGUGUUCUGAUUAUGCUGUGACACAGCUGGAGGCAUUGACAGUUCUUUGUCAUUAUUGCUUAUUAGAUUCUUCCCAGACUGUUAAUCAAAAUGUUCCAACGAAUCAAAAUGCUCAUCCAACGCAUUCAGGAGAAAUUAUCAACAAUCUAUUUAACGUGUUUUUUUCUCCGCUUGGUAGCGAUUUGCAUUUUACGUCUAAACAAAAUUCCGAUCACUAUCAAAACGCCAGGAAAACCAUACUUAGUCACAUGCCGAGGAUAAUUUCUAGUGUUGCAAAACUUUGGCAAACCAUUGUCAAUUUGGAGAGCGAUUUUAAUGGAAUCUAUGGAAAUUCUAAAGUUGUUAAGCAACAACUAUUGGAAUUUUUGAGUCCAAUUUCUGUGCAUCAUAGUACGAGCUUUUUGGCGGCUAUUUCUGUGACUUGGUAUGAGAGAAGGAAUCCUUUUACUAGUGUUAAAACGGUGCUUCCUGAACCAAAUUCUAGCCAAAACAAUCUAGUUUAUUUAAUUUUGGCUAUAAGAGUCAUUCCAUUAGAUAAUUUAGUACAAACUGUAACGGCUGUGAUAAAAAACCCUCCUCCCACUGAAGGACUGAGUGCCGACAUUUGUUUGGAUGUGUCUGUUUUGGAAUUAUUUUAUUGUUACAUGCGCAAUGCUUCCUCCACACAACUUUUUGAAGCUUGGGGAUCCCUUUUGACUUUAAUCCGAGAAGGCUGUUCGUUAUCUCCUCCUGCUCAGUUUUUGUUGGCCGCCAUUUUGCACGAGAUUAUGAUCAAGUGUUGUCCAUUAGAAGAGAAAAAAGACCAGAAAGAUUUGCAAGACGUAACAGCUAAGCUGAUCGACUGUGUUUCACAAGUAUGUGGUUCUUGUUUGGAACAAACGACUUGGCUAAGAAGAAAUUUCGCCGUCAGAGAACAGGAUGAAGAUACUACGCCAGAUUCUAACAUUAUUAGCGGAAGCCACAGUGAUAUAUUCAUAAAUUCUAAUCAUAGUGUUCAAGCACAAUUAGUUCUUUCAGAAAUCUUAGCACCAAUUCUAGACAUAUGUUUUGGUUCUUCAGAGAAGGACAAAGUUAACAAUAUACUCAUUUCGUUAAUGUGCAAUAUAGUACCUUACCUAAGGACCCACACUGUAAAAAAUAUGCCUAGUUUCAGCGCUUGUUCAAAAUUAUUAUCUAGCCUAAGUAGUUAUCAAUACACUAGAAAAGCUUGGAAGAAAGAUGUUUUUGAUUUGCUUUUUGACAACUCCCUUUUUCAAAUGGACUACGCUUGUAUGAAGUAUUGGAGGGUGAUUGUUGAUAAUUUAAUGACACACGACAAUACAACUUUCAGAGAUCUAAUGAAUCGCGUUUCCAUGAACCAAAGUGGAAGUUUAAACAUAUUUUCGUCUAGAGAACAGGAAUAUGAACAGAAAGCGCAAUUGUUAAAGAGAUUGGCCUAUGUUAUAUUUUGUAGUGAAAUGGACCAGUAUGCCAAAUAUAUGCCGGAUAUUCAAGAACAACUUACAAGUAGCUUGAGGCUAAGCAUUCCAGGAGUACAAGCGCAAGUCUUUCUGUGCUUUAGAGUGAUUUUGUUAAGAAUGAGUCCGUUACAUGUUACAUCUCUUUGGCCUAUCAUCAUCAGUGAAAUGUUGCAGGUGUUUCUCCAAAUUGAGCAGGAGUUGUCAACAGAUACAGAAGAAUUCAGGUUCUUAAUUAGCUCUCAUAUAAAAUUAAUGUCUUCUCUUGAUGCCAGCUGGGCCACGAACAGCAACAAUGGUCUUCAUGCUUUGGGCCAUCCACAUUGGCUAAGACUACAAUUGGCUACAGCUAAAUUAUUGGAUUUGGCCUUGCUAUUACCUGCGACUACACUUCCACAAUUCCAAAUGUAUAGAUGGGCUUUCGUAGGCGACGAUCUUAUAAGACGAAACCCCAGCCUCUUCAACCAAGUUUCAUUCUUACCACACGUCGUUAGAAUAGCAGAUCUAAUGAACAAAAAAUAUCCUGACACCCACAUAGAUAUUUUGCCGAUGAACAGGAACGAACUACUUUUGACAAUGAACAAUAUAACACAACUAAAAGAUCUACAUGGAUUCUUCAAGACGCUAAGUUCCUGUUCUGACAGACACAGAACAGAUUGUAGUAAGUUCGCUACUGGUGAUCAAAUGUCCUACAAUGCUGAACGACACCAAGACAAACAUUUGGAUUCAGUUUUGGAGAAGAUAGACAAAGUUAUCGAAAUGGAUUUUUUGGAUAGGAUUCCUAG